CUGGCCCAGCUGGGGCUCCCACGGGAGGGAGAGGCCGGGCAGAAGACCCGGGCCACCAUGGCCUCGGCCCUGAGCCCACCCCGGCUCCCCAGGCCCAAGCCCAAGGGUGCCCUGCCCUCACACUACCAUGAGAGCUUUCUGGAGAAGAAGGGACCUCGCGACCAGCAUUACAGGAAGUUCUGGGCAGGCCUCCGGGGUCUCACCCUCUAUUUCUACAAUAGCAAUCGGGACUUCCAGCACGUGGAGAAGCUAGACCUGGGAGCCUUCGUGAAGAUCACAGAUGAGGCUCCCCAGGGGAGCGCCCGAGAUCCCGGCACCCACUUUAGCUUGGUCCUCCGCAACCAGGAGAUCAAGUUCAAGGUGGAGAGCCUGGAGUCCAGGGAGAUGUGGAAAGGCUUCAUCCUCACGGUGGUGGAGCUCCGUGUCCCGUCCAAUCUGACCCUGCUGCCCGGACACCUGUACAUGAUGGCCGAGGCCCUGGCCAAAGAGGAGGCUCGCCGCGCGGUCGAGAUGCCCUCGUGCUUCCUGAAGGUGAGCCGGCUGGAGGCGCAGCUGCUCCUGGAGCGCUACCCCGAGUGCGGGAACCUGCUGCUGCGGCCCAGCGGAGACGGCGGGGGCGGAGUGUCCGUCACCACGCGCCAGAUGCUCAACGGGAUGCCGGUGGUCCGGCACUACAAAGUGAAGCACCAGGGUCCCAAGUACGUGAUCGACGUGGAGGAGCCGUUCUCCUGCACCUCGCUCGACGCGGUGGUCGACUAUUUCGUGUCCAACACCAAGAAGGCGCUGGUGCCCUUCCUGCUGGACGAGGACUACGAGAAGGUGCUAGGCUACGUGGAGGCAGAUGAAGAGAACGGCGAGAGUGUGUGGGUGGCGCCCUCGGCCCCCCGCCCAGGUCCUGCACCCCCUGAGCAGCCGCCUCCUGUCUCCGUCAAGCCAGUGUCCAGCCAGGACGAGCUGCCCCCGCUGCCGAACCAGGACGAGAACUACGUGAUCCCCAUUGGCGAUGCCCCGGCGGCCAACUACGUGAAUGAGGACGUGCUUCCUCCUAGUCGCCCAGUCGUCCUGAAGCCCAAGAGGUUGGCAAAGGUCCAGGGGAAGCCCCCAAAGCCACCCGUUGGGCCCAAGCCAGAGCCCAAAGGCCUCGACGGUGGCCUGGCCAGGAAGCUAGCAGGCUCAGCGCAGGCUCUCUUCCCCACAACCGGGUUGGGAGAUGUGACAGCAGAGCUGGAAGAGAAGUUGCGGAGGCGGCGGGCGCUGGAACUCGCGGCCGGACGUGCGGGGGACCAGCGGGCCCACCUCGGAGCACAGCACGUCAGUCCGCCGGAUCCCUCCUCCCAGAAUUAAAAGAUUGAGUGACUCCACGGCCUCUGUGUUUGGCUUGG